AUGAGAUCAAGGAACGUCGUUUUUAGCAAUCCUUCAUCGCUUUUGAAUCUUGCACAUUCUGGAACCGGCAUUGUAACACUAGAACUACAACAUGGUUCUAAUAUUAAUGUUGCAAUGUCGGGUACAGGUCGACUCACUUUAUCAGGUCGAGUUCAAGGGAAUGGACAACUGAGUCUUUCAGGCACUGGGGAAUUGGAUGCCUCAACAUGUCCGAUGAAGAUUGUGGAUAUUCAAAUGUCUGGAACUGGAUUUGCUUAUGUCUAUGGCGUAGAAGGAAAUAUAGGCCUGACUAGAUCAACAUUACAACGUUCAGGGUCAAAACGUUGCAUAAUUAAUCCGACGAAGAUUAAUAUUUCACCUGAAGAUGCCUUAUUAAGAGAUAUAGAAGAAAUUUCAAUUGUCUGGCUUGAUUAUAAUAUUCAUCGAAAUGAAGAUUGUAUUUGUACCGAACUAAAACUACGUCGUCUAUUUGGCAAUGUCAAGACUUUCAAUGAUUUUGAGGAAUGUGUGAAUUAUUUGACAACUCUACCAAACAAACAUGAUCGUGUUUUUCUCGUUGUAUCCGGUGCAUUAGGAGAUGCACUUCUCGAACGUGUUGAAUCAUUAGACGUUAUUGUUUGGGUAUAUGUGUUCUGUAAAAAUGAAUCAUUUCAUAAUGAAUGA